UAGUGUAACACCAAACGAAAAAUACAUAUAACACGAUACUAAUAAACAGGAUAUUAAUAAAUUAAAAUUAAAAACAAUUUUAAUAAAAUACGACGUACUAUUCCCAGGAAUUAAACGUCACCUACAAGUUGUGGGAAAAGCGGUUCGCACAGUUUUCAAAAUUUAACGACGGUAUCAUGGCAGACCCAGCGACCCUUUACUCCGGGCCUCCAGAAGUUUUGACAAAACUGAUGGCUUCCCGGUUUAAGUCGCUGGGUACUGUAAUAGACCCGUUUUGCGGUUCCUGUGCGAUCGCGAUCCAACUGGCCAUGGUCUGCCGCAAAGUAAUUGCGAUGGACAGUGACCCGGUAAAAAUUGCGUUCGCCCGGAACAACGCUCGUGUUUACGGGAUCGAAGACCAAAUCGUCUUCCUGGUGGGCAACUUCAUUGUCGAUGCCCAUUCGCUGCAGAGGGCAGACGGCAUCGUCACGUCACCACCAGUGACCAUGACUAAGAAGAAAUGGCGAAGUUAACCAAAUUGGCAAGUAGGGUGGCGCCGAAAGUUUUAUUGAGGUUAACUAAAGACCAUGA